UCUUCACACUUCCCAACCAUGAUGAAGUCUCUGAAGACUGUACCUGAUAUUUUAAAUAGAAUGUGCAAACCAAUUCUAUAAUAAUGGCAUAGAUUUACACUUCAAUAAAAACUAUCAGGUCCUUUUGCACACAUUCCAUAUGAGUUGCCAGAUGUUGCCAAAAGGACCGAACGUUCUUCCUAACGUUUGAGAAGAAAGCCGGUGUUAAGGCGAUGGAUUUAAUUUGUUAUAAUUGAGUUUAAACGUUGCCUUUUUUUUUAGCUUAUAUAAUGUGAAUGUCCCUGACAUACAGAGUCACUUUACCCUGAGAAACACCUGCUAUCUGUCCUCUCUUCCUCCUCCUCACCCUCCUCCACCUUCCCCUCCUCCUGUGCACACUCUUUAGAAGUCGAAAGGAUGUCACGUGGAAGCUCGGAGCUCCAAACGGUGCGCCGCAGACCCGAGCUGCUUCUCCUCCACACGCUUCCGUUAAGCGCACAGGUGGAGUUUGGGUACUGUGGGGAUCACCUGCCGGGUCAUCCGGGUCAUCAUCACGUGCGCUUUCCGGACACACAUCACUCGUUUGAAGCUAUGCAGCGCAGACCCACAACACUGAGGGAGAAAGGUCGCAGGGGGCCGGCAUACAUGUUCAGGGAGCGCGACACGAGUCUCAUGGCUGAGGAAGAGCGUUUCCUGGAUGCCGCGGAGUACGGGAACAUCCCAGUAGUCCGGAAGAUGCUUGAAGAAUCUGAGACUCUCAAUGUGAACUGCGUGGAUUACAUGGGCCAAAAUGCUCUACAGCUCGCCGUGGCUAACGAGCACCUGGAAGUGACCGAGCUUCUCCUCAAGAGGGAAGGUCUAGCUCGUGUGGGUGAUGCCCUACUCCUGGCCAUCAGUAAAGGCUACGUUCGUAUCGUGGAGGUCAUUUUGGCACACCCAGCUUUCGAAGGAGGCCUUCGCUUCGGCCCGAGCAUCUUGGAACGGGAACAGAAAAAGGAAGACGAUGACUUCUAUGCAUACGACGAAGACGGAACGCGGUUUUCACGCGACGUGACGCCCGUGAUCCUGGCCGCACAGUGUCAAGAGUAUGAGAUCAUACACACUUUGCUGCUCAAAGGUGCACGCAUCGAAAAGCCUCACGAACACUUCUGCAAGUGUGCCGAGUGUGCCGAAAAGCAUAGGCAAGACUCCUUUAGCCACUCGCGCUCACGCAUAAAUGCCUACAAAGGCCUGGCGAGUGCUGCCUACCUCUGCCUGUCCAGUGAAGACCCUGUACUGACGGCCUUGGAGCUCAGCAAUGAGCUUGCUCAACUCGCCAACAUCGAAACCGAGUUUAAGAACGACUACGGAAAGCUGUCAAUGCAAUGUAAAGACUUUGUAGUCGGUGUGCUGGACCUGUGUCGAAACACAGAGGAGGUCGGGGCCAUUCUGAACGGAAACAUUGACUCUAACCUCCUGAGUGAGUACAGCAGACCCUGUUUGAGCCGCAUAAAACUGGCCAUCAAGUUCGAAGUCAAGAAGUUUGUGGCUCAUCCAAACUGUCAGCAGCAGCUCCUCACCCUUUGGUAUGAAAAUCUGUCUGGUUUGAGGCAACAGCCCAUUGGAGUGAAAUGUUUAACGGUUCUCGGGGUGAUGGUGACUUUGCCGUUCUUGGCCAUUGCAUAUUGGAUUAUGCCGUACAGCAAGCUGGGUCAGGUUCUACGCAGUCCAUUCAUGAAAUUCGUUGCUCAUGCAGUGUCCUUCACCACUUUCCUGUGCUUGCUGGUGCUCAAUGCCUCAGACCGCUUUGACGGAGUCAAAAUUCUGCCCAAUGAAACUAUCACCGAUCACCCACGGCAAGUCUUCAGGGUCAAAACCACCCGGUUCUCCUGGACAGAGAUGCUGAUUAUGAAAUGGGUGCUUGGAAUGAUCUGGUCAGAGUGUAAAGAGAUUUGGGAGGAUGGCUUGCGUGAUUACGUCACGCAACUCUGGAACAUUUUAGACUUUGGCAUGCUGUCCAUCUUCGUGGCGUCGUUCACGGCGAGGCUCAUGGCAUUUCUGCAAGCCUCUCGUGCACAGCAGUACGUGGACCUGUACGUGACGAGCUUGGACCUGAGCAAUGCCUCACUUCCUGCUGAGGUGGCUUAUUUCACUUAUGCAAGGAACCGCUGGCUUCCCUCUGACCCCCAGCUCAUCUCUGAAGGUCUCUACUCCAUUGCUGUGGUCCUGAGUUUCUCACGUAUCGCAUAUAUCCUGCCGGCCAACGAGAGCUUUGGACCUUUACAGAUCUCCCUGGGUCGCACUGUGAAGGACAUUUUUAAGUUCAUGGUCAUCUUCAUCAUGGUCUUCCUUGCUUUCAUGAUCGGCAUGUUCAAUUUGUACUCCUACUAUCUGGGUGCCAAGUAUAAUCCCGCCUUUACCACGGUGGAAGAAAGCUUCAAAACGCUGUUUUGGUCCAUCUUCGGUUUGAGUGAGGUGAUCUCUGUGGUGCUGAAGUACGAUCACAAGUUCAUUGAGAACAUUGGCUAUGUCCUGUAUGGUGUCUACAACGUUACAAUGGUCAUCGUUCUGCUCAACAUGCUGAUCGCCAUGAUGAACCACUCCUACCAGGAGAUUGAGGAGGACGCAGAUGUUGAAUGGAAAUUUGCCCGUGCUAAACUCUGGCUCUCCUAUUUUGAUGAAGGCAGGACUCUUCCUCCUCCUUUUAAUUUGGUACCAAGUCCUAAGUCUUUCUACUAUAUGGGCCUACGCACAAGAUCUUGCCUCGUCAGGCUUUGCAAGUCCAAAGGUCAACGUGGAAGCCAGCAAGACAUGGACACUCCAGAUUCAAUAUCCAAGCUCCACAGGUAUCGACCUUGCCGUACUCAAGAUGAAUAUGUCAUGAGAAGUCCUAUCAAUCACCCAACCAGAUACCAUAAGAUCAUGAAACGCCUCAUCAAGCGAUAUGUCCUGAAGGCCCAAGCUGACAGUGAAAAUGAUGAGGUCAAUGAGGGUGAGUUGAAGGAGAUAAAACAGGACAUCUCUAGUCUACGCUAUGAACUUCUGGAGGAAAAAUCUCAGGUCACAGCAGAACUAGCUGAUCUCAUCCAACAGCUGGGUGACAGACUCAGUAAAUCGAACAAGAAACUCUGAAGUAUCUACAACCUUAAUGAAUGCUAAAAAACUUUCAACCAAAAGAAACCAGACAAACCUUCAACCAAGAAACCUUGAAGAACCAAGAAAAUGAAGUUUACUGAAAGAAACUAUUAAUUAUUUCUAUUACCAUUAAUAACUUCCUCUACAUUCAAAAACUUCCCUUUUAGCUGCAAAUAUUGUAUUUUCUUGGCAUUUAUCUAAUUAAAUUAAUGAAGUAGAAAUUGGUAGAUUGUCAGCGUUAAUACUGAAUUUAAUAUGAACCAUUAAAUCUGGUAUUAAACAUUUCCUAUCAAUAUAUAAUAGCAUGUAGCUAAAAUGUAUUAAUUUUUAUUGAGGUGUUAUUCUCCAAUAUCAAUGAACCAAUGUUAUCAAAACAAUUACAAUCCACAGAAGAACCUGCAUAAUUUGUGUUAUUGCUAAUGAUUUUUUAUUGAAUACUUUAAAUAAAUAUAAUGCUUACAGGAUCCAAGUAUUCAACAGUAUAUUGGGAAAGGAAAAUAUUCUUGUAUUUAUGAAGCUGAUAAGUUUUACAUGCAAGUGUGUUAGAACGUUAUUAUUGUUAUUAUUAUUACUAUUACUAUUAUUAUUAUUAUUAUUAUUAUUGUGAUU